CGGCUUCCUUAAUUCAAAGAUAACAAUGGUUGGGAAGGCCAGAUCUUCUAAUUUCACCUUAUCUGAAAAGCUCGAUUUGCUAAAACUCGUGAAGCCGUACGUUAAAAUUCUCGAGGAACAUACCAAUAAGCAUUCUGUAAUAGUGGAAAAAAACAAAUGCUGGGAUAUCAUAGCUGAUAACUACAAUGCCAUCGGAGUAGAUCGCCCUCCUCGUACUGCACAGGGCCUGCGCACGCUGUACAAGAGGCUCAAAGAAUAUGCCAAACAGGAGCUAUUGCAGCAAAAGGAGACUCACUCAGAUUGUAAAAGCAGCAUUUCCGAGCCAACCAAGAAAGUUGUGGAGAUGAUUCCACAGAUUUCCAAUGUGUGUUUAAGAGACAGGAGCGGUGUUCCAAGUGCUAGUAUUGAUAAAGAAACAAUUGCUGGUACCAGUUCACCACAGGCAAUAUUGGAUCACCAUCCCGUGACAGUCAUGAUGGAGUUGCAAUCAGAAGAGGAUGUCAAACCUCCUCCUUCUUUGAUUAUAGACUCACAGCAAAAUGAGAACUUAGAACAAGAGGAAGAACACCAGCUGGUACGUAUUAUGGAAAGGUCUCCUUCAACAUCAGUAUCUUCAGUGGAUAUGAGAGUCAUGAUGUCUCCCUCUCCUGUACCAAGAAGAGAUGAGUUUUUUAGGCUUGAGGUUGGAGAACGCUUUAGACCAAUGUGUGGGUAUGACCCCCAGAUGUUACAAAUGCUGAAAGAAGAGCAUCAAAUAAUAUUAGAAAAUCAGAGAAAAAUUGGUCUUUAUGUCCAAGAAAAAAGGGAUGGUUUGAAAAGAAAGCAGCAACUGGAAGAAGAACUGUUGCGAACAAAAAUCAAAGUAGAGAAGCUGAAGGCAAUACGACUACGCCGUGAUCUGCCAGAGUACAGCAAUAUCUAAAUAUUUUAUUACUUCUGUCAUAGUCUUUGAAAUACUUAAUAAUAAAUGCUUUUGCCCUAGCAACAUCCUUAACAUCCUUAUGUUAAUAUGGAUGGAUCAAAAUCUGGGCUUGAGAGAUGAAAGCAUAUUUUCCGUGUUGUUGUUUAUGUACCUUAGAAAAAUACCUUGUAUGGGUUUGAAUGCAGCAAAUCUUCUGGUCCAAAGUAUAACCAAAUCCUGUAUAUUUAAGUGUUUAGGUUGAUAAAAAUCCAAACUUUAAAAAUAUUUCCACUUAUCUCUAUUAGAGUUGUGAUAAGCUAAUGGAAAUUUAGCUCAGCUCUUUUU